ACUUGUGCAACCUGAUAAGAAAAAAGUCUUAAAGACGAAUGAAUUCAGGUAACCGAAUGAGGACUGUUCUGAUCACAGAGAGUUUGCAUCGCAUGUCGGUGUCCUCACCCAUUCUCAUAUCCCGAUCAUAUACCCGGACUUUCGCCAGGUGCCUCAUGAACAAAUUCAUAUGGUCACAGAAACAUUGUCACAGUUUUAUGAGUUUGAGGGUCAAAGUUGGGAUGCAAGUCUUGAUUACGUUACAAAACACAUCAAUGAAGCAUGAAGGAAUUACAAGAGAAGAUUGACUGCAAAAUAUAUUAAUAACAAGGAUCCUAUUGCUGUGAGAGAUGGUCCUGCCCUCCCAGGUAUCCCUAUGGAGGAUUGGAGGGUCUUCGUGGAUCAACGUACCAUCGAGGAAUUCAAGAGGGCAAGCGCAAGGAAUAAAGUUAUUCGGGCCAAGCUAAAAGGACCUGCAUGUCUUGGGAGGCACAACAUGGCUGUUACUUGCCAUAAGAUUGCGAUGGAGAAGAAUCUUACCUCUGAUGCCGAGAUAAGUAGAUGUGAAGUCUUCUUAAGAGCCCAUAUAAGGAAGGACAAAGUGGUCCAGUAUCCUGGCCUUGCUGAAAAACUAGAUGAGCUCUAUAGUAGCAAUCCUGCUUCUAGGAUGACCGGCAUGGAUGAUGCCCUCACAGAGUUGGUUGGUUCUGACAAUAGAGGGCGAAUGCGGGGUCUAGGUUGCUCAAUAAGCAAGCUAGGACGGAAGAAGUCAGCCCCUGCUCGUUCAAAGGUAGAGAAUGUGAUAAAAGAAAAAGAGAGCGUAACUCAAGAGUUAUUUUAGGUGAAGAAAAAAUUGGAUAAUAUGACUGAAGAUAUAGUUGAGAUGAAGAAAACAUUGGUGGAUAUGCAAAAAGAGAGACAGUAUACUCAAAAUCUCUCAUCACCAACA